AUGUUCACGGGAUUAUGGCUGGUGCUUCUCGGCCUCUUCCGCAGUGUCGUGGAGGUCCUUUUGUUUAUGCCGCGUUAUCUGCUGCUGGAACGUCAUGACCGUCGCAGUCCCAUGUGGGGGGUCCGGGCAGAGGCGGUGGUGUGUUUUGGUUCCACCUUUUGCCUGGAUGUGUUGAGCUGCAUCGAGUGCCUGGAUUGCCUGGGCGGCGCAACUCACGUCUUUGCAUCGCCCAUGUACCAGAACAGCUCCACUAACACCGCUGCGGCGUCAGACGAGCAUGAGGCUGCUACGGACGAGGACAUGUUAAACUCCUUAAGCAUCUCCUCCCCGCUGAGUCCGCAGCAGGCGCUGCUGGAGGUGGACGGCAACGGCAGCGAGGCGUCGACGGAGCAGAGCUGCGAGGACGCCUGGACGGCAGCGUCGGCGAUGAUGAUGAACGCCUUCUCCCGGUGCCUUCAUCGCACCUCCACCCGGUUCACACCGGAGCAGAAGCUCAGAUGCGGCGAGGACGCCAUGGCGGCGGCGGUGUCGACGGCGGCUGGCGCUCACAUUUUGCACGGCGUCUUCACCGGUGGCAUCCCCUUUGUGCAGUAUUCUCUCCUGCAGAAUGCCUGCGUGGAGGCGGACGCACAUGAGGCACACAAUGAACGACACGAAACGCACCACUUGCGGGGGUCCUGUCAGCGGAAGCCGCUUCUGCGUGGGAGAGACUAUGGCACAUUUUCCUGCUGGUUUCCCGGCGACACUGCUGGAGCGGAGUCCACGCAUGUUCCAUACCGCACCUACCCACGGCAGCCACGGGUGAAAAAAGGUUUUAUCCCUCCUUGGUACGCGGUAACUUCCAAGGCACAGUUGCUGCUUUCUUUUCUUGACCCUCUCUGGCGCAUUGUGACAGGGUUGUUUUUCAUGUCACACGGGGGUGAGGUGCAACACCGUUAUGCAGGGGGCGCCAGAAGACGGUUCCGUCGGGUUUCGUUAACAUCUACUUCGUCAGUGUCCUGCAUGUUCACCAAACUUCAGCCCAGGCGGGGGCAGAUCCCUGAUCCAGUGGAGGAGAUUUGCUUCAUUCCUGAGCAGGCUGCCAAGGCACUGUGGGCGUGCGCUCACGCUCCACGGCAGGGGACGCUCGAUGAGGCACCCACAUCCUGCAACUACGUGCCCACGCUAGCGCCAAUGAAGUCUUCUAUGCGGCGCGGACUCGCAGCAUCCCCCGAGGGCCCACAGCAUGUGGGAGUGGUUGAGUAUGACGCGAGUCCUUCCUCACGUAAGUGCGCCAAGAUAAAACCAGAAACGUUAUCGGCAUGUCAUAAGGAGAUGGCAACAGAGGAACAUGACAGGGCCCAUACCGCCACUGCUGGAUGCGCGUGGGAGUCUCGUGUAACUAGUCUGCACUGGCUGCAUGGAUCAGCACCACCAGAGGCGUCUGAUUCCUCUGCCCCUGUGAUAGUGCUGCUCCUCUGUCCUUCUGUCGCACAAGGAAAUGAGCAUGGAUACGUGGCGCGGCGACUCGGUGCCCUCUGUGAAGCCCUAACAACAAUGUCCAAAUUGCGUCGCCAGAGGAGCUGCAAUAGUAGGCGUCUGCAGCCAUCUCAGACACAGCUGGAAAAGGAUAUGCCCGAUACCUCCACAACAUCAGCCGAGACCACGGACCCUCAUUUUGCUUCUUGGCAUGCUGCGAUCCCCGUAGCCGAGUUGAUUGGCUGCUCAUGCGGUAUGCCGUUUGACGAUGCUGCCGGCGCGGACGCCUCCUUGUGUCGGAGGAGGGUGAACGUGACUGUGGAGGAUAUUGAUAGGGUGCUUUCGCGUUUAGGCAGGCUGCGAACUGCUUCUCGACACUCUUUUCAUGAACAAACUGCAGCGAGGAAUAAACCACCGUCUUGGGAUGCGGAAGCGGUCGGUGGUGCCCCGACGCCCUCAAACAGUCACUCCGACGUGCAUUUGCAGAACGAUCCCAAAGCUGGUACUCGGAGUCUCUACAUCGUGGGGGUGGGCUGGUCAAACGCCAGCAGCCCCCUACUGCAAUACGUCAUGUCCUACGGUGCAGAGUCGCGGCUGGACGGAGUCAUUUGCAUCAAUCACUCCGCCUCCUCCAACUACGCGCUUGUCCCAGAAACCGUCUCGAACAGCAGUAAGCAACCGCAGUCAUUCGGGUGGGAUAGGCUUUGGUGUUCGAGGAAGCACAAAACGCCAUUUCACAGUAACUUUCUCUCCGCGCCGGCUGGCGCCGUGCGUCUUUUGCUGCUUGCAGCGCGUCUGCAUCUCACAGCGGAUCGUCUCAGCGAGCUUUGGCGACAGCAGCAAAAGAAGAAGACGGGAAAUGUCGUGCAGGAUGUACACGAUGUCGCCAUUUGGGAGUAUUUGUAUCACACGGUAGGCAUCGGCACCUCAGGGAAUAGCAAGAUCGAACGUGGGGACGAUACCUCUCUGCCCCCCGCCUACAGCUGCGCCUUUCCCUUCUUUUCGCGGCCACUUUUGACGCCUGAGAAGGCACCGUUGGGGGUGCUUCAGCAGGUGGAGGCGCAGGUUGAACAGGAAAUGGGGAGGUGGUGGCUCAACGAAGUGCAGGCAGGUAAUGAGGACGAUGAGGACUGCAUGCGCAGCAGAGGGAUCCCCUCGUGGGGGGACAGUGUUGCACACUUUUCUUCAAGCGGCAGGUGGCACCCGUUAAUGAGUUUGUCGGACUGGGAAGUGUUGUUGCAGAGUUGCGAUGACACCGCGGCAACCACACUCAUGGAUCUGGGGUUGCCGGGGCGGUGCGUGUUGCCACAUUUUUCCACCGCCUUGCCGUCACCGCCGCACGACGCUUCAAGAGACACCCUGCACGUUGAGGAUGCCGAAGACAGUCGCUGCAGGAAGGACGGUGACGCGGAACCGGCGCAAACAACGGCCACAACAAGAGCCGCUGGGGGUGUUCCUGGUGGGCAUCGCGCGACGCCACCUCAGUCACCUGCUCAUUGUGCGUCACGGUUGUUUGAAAUGGCGCGGGGAAGGCCAGACCAUUUAUUGCCUGCCCAUUUAUCUUCCCCGCGCGCGCAGGGCAGCGGUGAUGCCUCGCGAAAGACGGCGGCGGCGCGCAAGGUGAAGCGUGACGCGUACGCCCGUCCAUCCCCUCCCCCAAACCUGGCAAUGGUGGCGCUUCGCUACCACUCCGCCAGCAGCGCCCACCUCGUUUCCCUCAUUCGUAUACCAACAUUAUUUGUGCACGCGAGCGACGAUGAAAUGGCACCCCUCAACACACUCCCCAUGCGGGCACUAUCGAAAAACCCGUGCGUGGUGACUGUACUGACACGUCGCGGCGGUCACGGCGUGUUUUUGGAGGGGAUAUCCACCCUCCAUGCUCUGCCGCAACUCACGUUACAGGAGCGCGAAUUAGCAAUAGAAACCAACAAGGCGUCAAACGGUGGUGCGAGCUGCAUGCCGUCAAGGACACGGCAGUGGUUGCCUCCGUGGAGGCGGCGUGCGGGUGGAAAGUACGGGCCAGCGCCUGCCACGGCGGCACGGAGCUCAUGCUCUGUCCCGUUCAUCGAUAGUGCCAAGAGCAACAACAACAACACGAUGACGGAGGUAACGAGCACGGUGGAAACUGUUUUUGUGGUUGAACACACCACAUGGCUAGAGCGACUCAUUGUGGAGUUCGUCGCUGCUGCCGUCAUUGUGUGA